AUGCCAACUCGAGAUAUCCUAGAACUCUCUAAUCAUUUCUUAUCAGAAGAACCAAAGUCUCUUAUAGAAGAACUACAAAUUUUUAACAAUAAUGAGGGUCACGAUAUUAUCUCCGAUGAGGUAGAAUUCCUUGAGAAAAACAUAUUGUCAUCAUUUGAAAAAUCUACUUCACAUCAAGAUGGAAUACCCGUAGAUAUUGACACCAAAUCGGAAUUUUCAUCUUCGUCCAUCAUAGAUAAACAAGAAAAGAAAAAUAUUAAAGAGUCAACGAAAAGAGAAAGGAAACUUGCCAUUUUGAACUAUAUUUUUCAUUCUAUGAUUGGUAAAGAUAAACUGGCGAAAAUAAUUAUCCAUUUAUUAUCGUUAAUUGACAUUUUAACUAUUAAGAAGUUGUUACCAUGGAUAAAUACUAGCUUAUUCCCAUUCAAUGUCAAGAUUCCUAUAUUACAACUUGAAAGGCAAAGACGAUUAAUUGCCGGAUUGUUACGCAAUUCACAUAAUAAAAUAUCGUCAAUUGUGCCUGUUUUAUCGACAUUUAGGUACAUUCUCCGAUUAGGCCAUUCCAUUCCAAACUCAAUAAAGUUGAUGGAAAUAAUAAAAAGAGUAACAAACAAGUCACAAAAUGAUCGAAAAUUUAAACAACUUUUGCAAAAUACUUUUUUUCUUCGUGGACUAAUUGACGCAUACUUUACAAUCUUCGAUGAACUGAUUUUGCUAUUUGAUAAAUUCAAGGUAUUAAGAUCGCUAAGAAAGCUAUUUCCAAGAUACAAAUUGAUAAUUGGAUUUUUAAGGCUGAAUCAUACUAUUGCUUGGCAAUUAGACAUUAUUUAUAAUCUCGUCCAUUCAAUAACCCAAUUACAAAGGAUAAAAAGAAACCUGUUUAUAUUAGACCUCGAAUCUACUAUUAGGAAAGCAAUAAUAAAGGAUUCGCUCCAAAAUGGAGUUGAUACUGUAAUUAAAAAUAUUCUGUCACAAUUAUUGCUUGAUCUUGAUAAUACUGGCAGUAAUGGUAAAAAUAGUAUGGUGAAAAGACUAAUGAAAGGUAAACGUUUAAUCUACAUGGAGUUAUUAAGAUUAUUUUUGGACGGUUGUGCAAAUACUAUACAUAUACUAGCACUCACUAAUUCAAAGUCAAUACGGCAUUCUGUGCCUUAUAACCUGCUAUCGUUAACGUCUGGCAUAGUAGGCCUUCUUAAGUUAUUUGGUAACGUCAGUGAAAGAAUGAGUUUCUCAUCACCAGAGUCAUCACAUCAAGCUGUAGAAGAGAUUACAAAGUAA